AGUUUAAAAAAGGAGGAACCAUGGAAUAGAAGAAUCAAAAGUGUGAGAGAAAAACCAUCAUUACUAACAUCACUCACUCACACUAUAAGCAGCCCACAUUAUACAUUAUAACAUUGCCCACAUAACCUAAAUCUCCCAAAAACAAAUCAUUACUUCUCUCUAGCUCUUUCUCCAGCAACCUUCUCCUCUUCCUUCUCCAACCCCAUAAACUCAAAGUUUCAAACACAUAUAGCUCAUCUCUUUCUAUCCUUCUUGCUCUAAAGAUAGUUGAAAGAUUUUGUCGAUAAAAGACAGGAGGAUUCAAAGCUUUAAGAGAGAAGAAGAGUUAACUAGCUUCUUGGAAUGGGAAAAAGCUUCAUACUUGUAGCUAGUCUUCUUCUUCUUCUUCUUUCCUUCCCCUCCUCAGGUACAAAAGCUAGUAGUGAACCAGUAGAAGAAGAAAAAGACAUAACCACACCAUUAGCCACAAACCCAACCACCACUACUCCAACAACCGUGGUCCCUAACUCUGACUCUGACGCUUCUGCCGUGGCCACAACUCCCCUAACGAUUCCAUCUCCACCACACGCUGCAGCCUACCCAGGUGGAAGCUGGUGUGUUGCCAGGGAGAACGUCGCAACAAUGGCGUUACAAGCGGCUUUGGACUACGCGUGUGGUAUCGGUGGAGCAGACUGCUCGGAUAUACAAGGAGGAGGAAAGUGUUAUAGCCCUAGCUCGUUAAGAGCGCAUGCUUCUUUUGCCUUCAACAGUUAUUACCAGAAGAAUCCUAUCCCGAGUAGUUGCAACUUUGAUGGAACUGCUGUCACUAUAAGUUCUGACCCAAGUGUAGGAUCGUGCCGCUUCCCGUCUACAAGCACGAGUGAAUCAAUAUUGAACGUAUCAAGUGAAGAUGGAUUAGGGCUUUUUGGGAGAAUACCGUCACAUCCAACUCCCAAGCCCGAAGCUUCAAACUCCUCCUCCUCCAUAACUUUCUCUUUUCUCUUCUUCUUCGCUUUUGUUUUUAUAUCUUUUUUGUUAUGAUCACCUUGAUUUUUUCAUGUAAUAUAUAACUAAUUUCGGCUGAAAUAUUACUUUUUUUUUUUAAGU